AUUUCUUUAUUUUCUUGAAUAAGUUAUCAAAAAAAAAAAAGUAUACGUUCAACAAAACUGAAAAAAAUUGCAAUAAAAUCCUAUACUAUCGUCUCAAAAAUUUUGAAGGUGUUCCCAUUUUAUGGUUAUAAUAAUUGUUGGAUUUAUGAGAAGGAUGUCGUCGAUAAUGGCAGUCAUAUAGUAUUAGAUAUUGCUAUCAUUGUUGGAACCCCCAAUUCACAAACCCUAAACUACUAAAAUCCCUAUAAUUCGGCAACCAACCCUCAAAUUCGCCCGAAUUUCCUGAAAUGGGGAAGAACGAAUUCCUAACCCCAAAGGCGAUCGCGAACCGGAUCAAGGCAAAAGGUCUGCAGAAGCUGCGAUGGUACUGCCAGAUGUGCCAAAAGCAAUGCCGCGACGAGAACGGAUUCAAAUGCCAUUGUAUGAGCGAAUCGCACCAACGCCAGAUGCAGGUCUUCGGCCAGAACCCCACACGAAUCAUCAGCGGCUACUCCGAGGAGUUCGAGACCAUGUUCCUCGAGCACAUGAAGCGGAGCCACCGCUUCAGCCGCAUCGCCGCCACCGUCGUCUACAACGAGUACAUCGCCGACCGCAACCACGUCCACAUGAAUUCCACCCAGUGGGCAACGCUGACGGAGUUCAUCAAGUAUUUGGGGAAGACCGGCAAGUGCAAGGUCGAAGAGACCCCCAAAGGCUGGUUCAUCACUUACAUCGAUAACGAUUCGGAGACUUUGUUCAAGGAGAGGAUGAAGAAUAAGCGGCUUAAGGCGGAUAUGGUGGAGGAGGAGAAGAUGGAGAGGGAGAUUCAGAAGCAAAUUGAGCGAGCUGAGCAGAUGAUGGGGAGCGACAAGGGUGGGGAAGAAGAGGGAAUUGCUAAAUCGAGAAUGUUGGAGAAGAAUGAUGAGGAGGGCGGUGCAAAGAUCAAGUUGAGCUUGGGGCAGUCGAAGAAGAACGCUGAGAUGAAUGGAAAACGGGGGGAUAGUACUAAAAUGUUGUUUGAUGAGGUCGAGCCAGAGAGUAUUAGUGGGAAGCGGAGGAGGGAAGGCGAGGGUUCAAGUAAGAAUGCAUCAGUUUUAGAUGAGUUGAUGAAGGAGGAGGAGAAAGCUAAGGAAAGGAUCAAUAGGAAGGACUAUUGGGUUUGCCCAGGGAUUGUUGUGAAAGUUAUGAGUAAAGCUUUGGUGGAUAAGGGGUAUUACAAGCAGAAGGGCGUCGUGCGUAAGGUGAUUGAUAAAUACUGUGGGGAGAUUGAGAUGCUCGAGAAUAAGCAUGUUUUGAGGGUUGAUCAGGAGGAGCUGGAGACGGUUCUUCCUCAGAUAGGGGGUCUUGUCAAGAUAGUAAAUGGGGCAUAUCGUGGUCAGAUUGCGAGGUUGUUGGCAAUUGAUACUGAUAGAUUUUGUGCCAAGGUGCAGAUUGAGAAGGGAAUAUAUGAUGGAAGAGUUCUCAAAGCUGUUGAGUAUGAAGAUAUUUGCAAACUAGCCUAGUGAGAUAUGCAUCUUGGGAAUGUAUUAUGUUCUGCUCAGUAGUUGGUUUUGAUCAUCUGUUCUAAUUGUAUCCAGGCAAUAUUUUACAGUUACACUGGGGAUCUUCCGAAAGCUCUACAUCACUUUCUUGAGUGUGGAAUCUGGCAGAAAGCGCACUCUGUUUUCUUAACUUCAGUUGCACCUUCUCUGUUUUUGUCAGGAUACUCUUGAUAACAAGAAUGAUGCAUGUGCUUGAGCAAGUCUCUGGCAGUUUGGGGCAACAAAUUAUCAGUCGAAGCAAGAGCCGUGUUCUCAAAGAUGGCAGAAGAAAUCUCCAGUCUGCUUCUUUCUGAUAGCGGCGAGCUAGGGUUUGCCAGACGAGGAUCAACUGAGCUGCUUUUAAACCGUUUUUAGGGCACCCAUGCCGGAAGACCUUGGCUCGUAUCAUUUACAGGAUGCUCUUUCACUUUUCACUUGUCAUCUUUCUGAGAUGGCACAAUAAUAAUUCCUCCCAUUGGAACCGUUUCUUUUCUGAUUAACUUCUGCAACUCGACGAUACUAAGUUCUUCAAGCUUUCAGCGUAUGUUCUUGCACAUACUCAUGCAUCUGGGUUAUUUUCGUUGUUUUCCAUAAUUCUUGAUUGAUAGCGCUUUGAGAUGAAAAAUUUAGUGUCCUGUUUGUAAA